AAAAAUAAAAUAAAAACAAAGCUUAUAUUUUUAAAUAAAAUUGUGAAAAUGUCGGAAGGCCAGGAAUUCAGAUACAAGCGUCUGGUGCCCUCUUGCAAUGUGGUGGUCACCAUUAUGGCCUGCUUUUCCUUUUUGUCAGGACUCGCUGCUGGCUACCUUUUCAUGAUCAGCACAACUAGCGUUUCGGAGGGGGUGAAGAUCGCUUGGACCACCGCAGCGGCUCUAUAUUCUCUAGUCUCGCUGCUGCUCAUCAUUGGCGUGUGGAAGCUCGUCAAUGCUUUGGUGUACAUUUACAUGAGCAUGCUUCUGGUGGCCAUUGCCGUUUACACCCAAAUCCUUAUGUGGCUGUGGAACAAUCUGGCGGCAGCCGUCUUUGCCUCGGUGGUCAUAAGCUUUAUAUUCCUGGGCCUGGCGCUGAACGUAACCAAGACCAUUACAGAAAAACGGAGGGGGCUCAAUCGGGAUAUAGAAGGGGGGGAGUAGAGAUAUUACUUCAAAUUUCCAGUAUAUAAACUCAAGUAAAUGUAACAAAAAAGAUAGAAGAUUUUCUCAUAGCUACUUUGAUUUAAUAAAGCACAAUAAA